AUGGCUACAGCAGCAGCUACUGUGCUGAUGGAUAAACUGACUACCACCAACUAUAAUACCUGGUCGUUAAGGCUCGAGCAUUUCCUGAAACGAGAGGGGCUAUGGGACUGUGUGUCUGCUCCUCCCGAGGAUCCCACACCGGCAGAGACCGUUCAGGACCAGAAGGCUCUUGCCACAAUUAUCUUGAGUGUGUCUGAUGACCAGCUGCUGUACAGGAAACGAAUGCUGGCUGGGGAGUCGGUGAAGGACCACCUCGACGGUAUGUCUGUGUGUUUCAAGGAGUUAGAGCAUGGGGGGAAAGCUGUGCCUGAUGAGGACAAAGUCUACUUAAUUCUCAGCUCUCUUCAUGAGAGAUUUGAUAUGCUUAUAAUAGCGUUUGAGGGCCAGGAUUCAGAUAAACUGACUUUGCCAUAUAUAACGGGAAAGCUCCUGGCUGAAGAACAGAGGCAGCUGGAAUGCAAAGAGCAGGCUGACCGCAACCACAAGCAGAAGCCUGGGGGAGUCGUUUCCAGCUGGCAGGCAGAGCCGGAGGAGAGAGCUUUACAAGUAAAAAAGAAAGGAUGUUAUAUCUGCAACCAGGCCGGACAUCUGCGUACGAGUUGUCCCCAGCAGAGGAGAGGCCGGCAGCCGUCUUCAAGGACACAGCAAGCAACUCUGGUGAGAACUAGCUCAGGGCUACAGAGUGUGCCGUGGAUUAUAGACUCUGGAGCAACGCAGAUGUUUUGCUGCAAGGAGGAGCAGUUGCAGGACACCAAGCCGGCCAGUCAAAAAACUGUAAGCUUAGCUGACGGCCGGGAGGCUGACGUGCUUUGCCAAGGCACUGUGCAUUUUCUGGGACUAAAUUAUACCUUUGAUAAUGUGCUUUGUGUGCCAGCUUUGGAGACGAGCCUGCUAAGCGUCUCAAUAUUAGCAACAGCUGGUUUCACGGUAUCUUUUGAUGCUAAGGGCUGCAAGAUACUGAAAAAAGAUGAUACGGCUUCUGCCUCUCCCUCUGGAGAACAGCCUCUGAUUUCCAAGCCUGACCUUGUUACCUGUCUAGAAGGAGAGGAAGAGCCGUGUGUCCAAGCCCCUGAUGAAGGUGAGAGAUCAACAGAUGAAAGAGCCAUGACAGGAAUUGCAGAGGAGAACUUUCCACAGGAAAGCCCUGAAAUGCUUGAGGCUUCUCCAAGAAGAUUGCCCGAGGAUGAUUCCCCCCCAAAUAUAACUGAUGAAAGAAAUGUGUGGGACACAGCAAAUGAAAAUGACUUCAAAGGAAACAUUACAUCUACUGGUUGUCGGAAUAGUGGGUACCAUGAAACUAUAGAUGAAGGAAAGACAAGAAUCGAAUGCUCUGCGUGUGGGAAGAGCUUUGCUAGUGUGUCAACUCUUAAAGUGCAUUGGGAAACCCACACAGGGGAGAAACCGUACGACUGCCUGCAAUGCGGAAAGAGAUUCAUUCGGAGUGCAAACCUCAUUAUCCAUCAAAGAACCCACACAGGAGAAAAACCAUAUAAGUGCAUAGAAUGUGGGAAGCGCUUUAUGCGGAGUACAAACCUCAUCAUACAUCAAAGAACCCACACAGGUGAGAAACCAUAUAAGUGUUUGGUAUGUGGAAAGAGCUUUAUUCAGAACUCAACCCUUACUGCCCAUCUGGGAAUCCACACAGGAGAGAAAACAUACGUAUGCUUGGAAUGUGGGAAAAGCUUUAUGCGGAGUACAAACCUUAUAAUACAUCAGAGAAUCCACACAGGAGAAAAACCAUAUAAAUGUUUGCAGUGUGGGAAAAGCUUUAGCCAGAACUCAUCCCUCACCACUCAUCAAGCAAUCCACACAGGAGAGAAAACCUAUGAGUGUUCAGAAUGUGGGAAGAAGUUCAUGCGGAGUGCAAAUCUUAUUUUACAUCAAAGAACACACACAGGAGAAAGGCCAUAUAAAUGUUUGGAAUGUGGGAAAAGCUUCAGUCAGAGGUCAACCCUCACUAGCCAUCAAGGAAUCCACACGGGGAAGAAAAUAUACGAAUGUUUGGAAUGUGGGAAAAAGUUCACACGGAGUGCGAACCUGAUUUUGCAUCAGGUAAUCCAUACAGGAGAAAAACCGUAUAAAUGCUUGGAGUGUGGAAAGCGGUUUAGUCAGAGCUCAAGGCUUGUUACUCAUCAAAGAAUCCACACAGGAGUGAAACCAUUUAAAUGCCUGGAGUGUGGAAAGAGCUUCACUCACAGCACGAGUCUUAUGAGACACCAGAGAACUCACACAGGGGAGCAACCGUUUCAGCUUCUAGAGCGUGCAAAGGGAUUUGUUCAGAGUGCGAAUCUUUGUGUCCGUCAAAAAACCCACACCGAAGAAAAAACGUAUAAAUGUUUGGAAUGCGGGAAGUGCUUCAGUCAGGAAUUAAAUCUUACUAAGCAUCAAGAAAUACACAGAGGCGAGAAAACAAAUGCAUGUUAUAUAUGUGGAAAGACAUUCACGCGGCACGCAAACCUCAUUUUACACCAAAGAACCCACACAGGAGAAACGCCUUAUAAAUGUCUGGAAUGUGGGAGGUGCUUUAGCCAGAAAUCAACACUUACUAACCAUCGUGGAAUCCAUACAGGGGAGAAAAUGUAUGAAUGCUUGGUUUGCGGAAAGAAGUUCACCCGGAAUGCAAACCUCAUUUUACAUCAAGUAAUCCACACAGGGGAGAAGCCGUAUAAAUGCUCGGAAUGUGGAAAGCGUUUUGGCAUGAGCUCAAGGCUCUCCAAUCAUCAAAGAAUCCACACAGGAGUGAAACCGUAUAAAUGUCUGGAGUGUGGGAAAAGCUUUGUUUACAAAACAAGUCUGAAGAGACAUAAAAUCGUGCAUGCAGGAGACCAAUCAUUUCAGUUCCUGGAAUGCAGAAGGAACUUCAGUCAGAGGAAAAAUCUUAAUUUACACCAAAAUAUUCAAGGCACCGAAAAACCAUAUAAAUGCCUGGAGUGUGGCAAUUGCUUUAGUCAGAGCUCAAGCCUUAUUAGACAUCAACGGAUCCACACUGGGGAGAAGCCAUUUAGAUGUCUGGAGUGUGGGAACUGCUUCAGUCAGAGCUCAAAUCUUAUUAGACAUGAAAUUAUUCAUGCAAGACAAAAAAUGUAGAAAUGUUCAGACGCUGGUGAAAAGCACUGUUAUCAACUUGGCUUUAAUAGAUAUCAGAGCAGUCUCUUGGGGAGGCCGUGAAUGCCCAUACUGUACACAAACUUUUGUGGUAAAUUGACUUUAAAAUGUGAGAAUUCAUACUAGGGAAAACAAUAUAAAUGUUUUGGGAAAGCAUUAGAAAGUGUAGAAACCUUGCUUCACAUCAAAGAACGUGCACUACCAAGAAAUGUGAAGAAAGAUUCCCUGCAUAUUUUUUAAAAAAUACACUGGGUAUAGCCAAUGCUUCCUCUAAGCUGUGGGAUCUUGUGAGCAAAAAUUUUAUUUCACGAGCUAUUGAUAUUAAAACUGUGAGUGAGUGAUUUGGCUACUGCAUAAAUUAGUUUGCUCUGAGACCAUCCUUCCUGAGCGAAGACAAAAAUGUGUGAGGCUAAAAAACUGUGAGAUAGCUCACACUAACUCAGCUUAGGGGGAACACUGGUUGU